AUGACGGAUACAGCGCGUUGGAAGGCCACGGUCCAUGUCAGCGGCCUUGCGACAUUAGCCACAGUCGCGACACUUCAUGACGCAUUCCUACCCUUCGGCGACAUCGCAGACGUCACCCUUCCCAAGAACGAAAACCCAAACUCGAGCGCAACUGAACCACAUCGCGGCUUCGCCUACGUCGAGUUUGAGAAUGCAGACGACGCAAAGGAGGCAAUAGACAACAUGGAUCAGUCCGAGUUCUUUGGGCGAGUUAUCAAAGUCACGGCAGCCAAAAUACCCAAGAGCGCUGACGAGGGCUUGGGGAGCAAAAAGGCAGUCUGGGAGCAGGAGAGCUGGCUUGCAAAACAUGCCGUCAGCGAGGAAGAUAGGCUGGCAGCAGAGCAAGCCCAAGGCUCUGGAGAAACGAGAGCUGAGGAUCCAAUGCAGGGCCUUGAGGGUUUGGACGUCGCUGGUCCUCGCCCGGCCUAG